AUGACCAGUUUUAUUUCUCAAAUAUUCGGCUCGAGAUCCUCCAAGUCGGUUAAUGUGCCAGCUGUUCAAAUCUAUGACGUGGAAGACGCCGUUGAGAAACCGGGACGAUCAUUGAAGCACCUACUAAAAUUGAACCAUGCCGAGCAUGCUUUGCACAAUAACACACCUAUUUCAGGACUCAGUAUAUCUCAAAACAACGUUGCCCAUGCUCUGAUAUCUGCAUUUCUUUUCGGAGCUAAUGAGAACGAUCUCAAUAGUUUAUAUGAAUCGGAAUCCAAAACCCUUGGACCUUGGAAAGAUUCUCCCGGCGAGGUUGUUGGCGUUGAUUGGAGGGACUAUUUAGGGAAGAAAGAAUAUCAACGGGCGUUUUUGGAUUUUUUUGAGGAUCAACUUGCUGAAGAAGGGUACGACUGGAAAUCAGUAUUGCAUAAGUUCCUGUUCACUGGGGAAGGGCCUUUGAUCAGUUCAAUAACAGCCAGUGCUGGCCAGCCUUUGACACACCUUGCUUAUGGGCUUAAAAUGUCCAGCAGCGUUGUUGUGAUGGAAGCUCUUACCCUUGCCGCAACCUGCUAUCACGAUAAUGACAUCUCUAAAUACUCAGACGACCCUUCCUACUUCCAACAAGAGCCAUCCUACAGGAGCUCAUCUAUUCUCGAGAUCCUUGCGAAAGUUCGAACUGACACCAGAUUCUGUAGUGAGUCUCUUGCUGUCGCACAGGAACAGAAUCUCGAGGUAAUCUUCCGCGACCGCGAGGCUGCGCUCCUGGAUCAUUGCAAUGCCUGGGCAAUUUCAUCCGAUCCAGUUACAGAUUUCCAUGCCAGUCAGGCCGCUGCAGCUGCUAUUGCUACUGGUAUUGAAUCCGGCGUUGAGGACGGCUCGGGCCUCUUAUAUCCUCUAAUAAUGAGCCAUGCUAUCCUUGUCCUUCUGCCACAUACUCCCAAAGCAUUCCACAUUAGCUUAUUACGGCAAUGGUGGCUGAUGACCCUAGCAAUAUACAUCGCUCAGCUGAGACCAGAAAUCCAAUCAGGCCAUGUAGCUGCCUAUAACGUCCAUGAGAAAGAUUGGCAGUGGGUUUCUAAACAAGCUAUCAGUGGUCCUCAUGCCAAAAACGCCCAAUUUGUCAAGGGUUUGCAUGCUCUGAAGGAAAUUGACCAAGCAUGGAAGGAUUCCGACGAGUACUAUUUAAAAGCUGCUGUGUUGCUCAUCAAUAAGUUCCAUGGUUGA